CGACCCGCGGAUACGCAUUUGACGCUAAGGCGAAUGCUUUGGCUCCGGAUAUCGUUUAAUGCGAUUUGAUUGAUGUCUUAUAUAUCAAUACUAAGGUCCUAGGCUGUUAUCGGACUCUAGGGCGCGACCAGCAGGCGCUACCGCCACCGCGAACCCUUUCCCCUCGGUGUUGCUAAGAUAAUUUGUCUCGGCGACAGUCAGUGGUUUCGACCACACGGAGAAAAUGCCUCUUCCCUCAUCACAGACUUCUUCGUCACCGGGAGUGAAGCGGAAGCAGUCAACCCUCGCGAGUUUCUUCACGAAGAAACCACAAACAGCUCAACCUGCUCCAGUCAAUGUCGUUGAAGAGAAAAACCCAGCCACAACCCCCGAGGAAGCGGACAAUGAGGAACGAGCGCCAAAGAAAGAUACCGCCCUGACCGAUGAUGAGGAGGAUGACAUAGUGGCACCGGCCCCUAAAAGAGCUAGAACAAACGGCCUUCACCCCGCAAGCAAAGAAGAGGUUCCGAAGUCAACAUCCACUACAGAGCGACCACCGGCGUUGACUAGUAGCCAGAGGACUGAGAUAUUCAAAUUCAGCAGCUCACCUGCGGUGAACACCGGAGCGGAAGGGCCGCAGGCGGCAGGUGAACUUGAGGCUAGACAAAGACAGAAGGAGAGAGAAGCGUUACACCAGAAGUUCGUUCGGAAAUUGGGUGGUGCGGACUGCCUCAUUGGCAUUGGUAGAAAUGCUAUCAGCGAAGCUACACCCGAGGAGGGGGCUGAGGCCGAAGAUGAGGAGGAAGCAGCACCACCUCCUGCCAAGGGCAAGGCUGCUGCAAAGAAAGGCGGAAGCAAGCUCACUCCAAUGGAGAAGCAGGUCAUCGACAUCAAGCGCAAGCAUAUGGAUACCGUCCUAGUAGUUGAAGUCGGCUACAAGUUCCGAUUCUUUGGUGAAGAUGCGAGAGUCGCCGCAAAGGAAUUGUCUAUAGUCUGUAUCCCUGGAAAACUAAGAUUUGACGAACAUCCUUCUGAAGCACACCUCGAUCGUUUCGCCUCCGCUAGCAUACCGGUUCACAGAUUACACGUUCAUGUAAAGCGCCUCGUUGCCGCAGGUCAUAAGGUCGGCGUGGUGAGACAAAUCGAGACUGCUGCUCUGAAAGCAGCGGGCGAUAACCGCAAUGCGCCUUUCGUGCGCAAACUCACGAACUUGUACACCAAGGGUACCUAUAUCGACGAUGCGGAAGGCUUAGAAGGGUCUAUGCCUGCAGCAUCUGGUGGCGCCUCACCAGCAACCGGCUACUUGCUGUGCAUUACCGAGACAAAUGCAAAGGACUGGGGCAAUGAUGAGAAGGUUCAAGUGGGGAUUGUAGCUGUCCAGCCGGCUACAGGAGAUAUUGUUUAUGACGAUUUCGAAGACGGAUUCAUGAGGAGCGAAAUCGAAACGAGGUUGUUGCAUAUUGCACCAUGCGAGCUUUUAAUUGUUGGCGAGCUUUCCAAGGCUACUGAGAAGCUCGUCCAGCAUCUCUCCGGCAGCAAGUUGAACGUCUUCGGGGACAAGACCCGCGUGGAAAGAGUGCCCAAGUCGAAGACUGCCGCCGCGGAGUCACACAGCCAUGUCUCCAGCUUUUACGCAGGAAAGAUGAAGACGGCCAGUGCUGCAGAUGAUGCACAGGCGAGUAGCCUACUUCAGAAGGUGCUCAAUCUACCAGAGCAAGUGACUAUUUGCCUUUCGUGCAUGAUUGAGCACAUGAAAGAAUACGGCUUGGAAUAUGUUUUCGAGUUGACCAAAUACUUCCAACACUUUUCUUCCAGAUCACACAUGCUUCUGAAUGGGAACACUCUGAUGAGCCUCGAGAUCUACCAAAAUCAAACGGACCAUACGACUAAGGGCAGUCUCUUCUGGACGCUUGAUCGGACACAAACGCGGUUUGGACAGCGCAUGCUCCGGAAAUGGGUAGGACGUCCUCUGCUAGAUAAGUCGAGGCUGGAAGAGAGGGUGAACGCCGUUGAAGAGCUGAAAAAUCCAGAAAAGACGGUAAUGGUAGAGCGGCUCAAGGGGUUGCUUGGAAAGGUUAAGAGCGACUUGGAAAAGAGCUUGAUCCGGAUCUAUUACGGCAAGUGUACUCGACCGGAACUCCUCACCGUUUUGCAGACGAUGCAAAUGAUUGCGCAAGAAUUCUCUGACGUGAAGUCACCUGCGGAUACCGGUUUUGCGUCUGCUGCCAUUAAUGAAGCGAUCACUUGUCUCCCGGCGAUCCUGGAAGACGUUAUAGCUUUUCUUGACAAGAUUAAUUUGCAUGCUGCGAAGAGGGAUGAUAAGUAUGCCUUCUUUCGCGAAACCGAAGAGACAGAAGACAUCAGUGACCAAAAGCUCGGCAUUGCAAGUGUUGAACACGAGCUAGAGGAGCAUCGCUCUGUUGCUGGCCAGAAGCUCGGGAAGAAGACGGUCGAAUACAAGUCUGUUGCGGGAAUUGAUUAUUUGAUUGAAGUCGAGAACAGCUCGGCUUCCAUUAAACGUGUGCCUGCAUCAUGGGUGAAAGUGAGCGGCACCAAGAAAGUAUCAAGGUUUCAUACGCCGGAAGUCAUUCAGCUCAUGCGACAGCGUGACCAGCACAAAGAAGCGUUGGCCGCGGCGUGUGACAAGGCGUUUAUAUCCCUUCUCGCUGAUAUAGCAACUAAAUACCAGCCCUUCCGGGAUAGUGUGCAGGCAUUGGCCACGCUUGACUGCUUGAUAGCUCUGGCGACUAUAGCUAGUCAACCGGGUUACGUGAAGCCCGAAUAUACGGACCAUACGUGCAUCCAAGUGGACCAGGGACGUCACCCAAUGGUCGAGCAGUUACUGUUGGACAGUUAUGUGCCAAACGACAUCGACUUGGACAGCGACAAGACACGCGCUCUUCUGGUCACCGGACCCAACAUGGGCGGAAAGUCCAGUUAUGUACGACAAGUAGCGCUCAUCGCCAUCAUGGGGCAAAUAGGUUCUUAUGUUCCCGCGCAGUCGGCCAAGCUUGGUAUGUUGGACGCUGUAUUCACACGCAUGGGUGCUUUCGACAACAUGCUAGCUGGCGAGUCUACCUUCAUGGUCGAGCUUUCCGAGACCGCAGACAUCCUCAAGCAGGCGACUCCACGGUCACUUGUCAUUCUGGAUGAACUGGGCCGGGGCACGUCCACGCAUGAUGGUGUUGCAAUUGCACAAGCUGUGCUUGACUACAUGGUACGGUCGAUUCGAAGCCUUACGCUUUUCAUCACCCAUUAUCAACACCUCUCUUCAAUGGUCCAUACCUUCGCAGACCACGAACUACGCAACGUGCACAUGCGGUUUACCGAAUCAGGUACCGGAACAGACGAAGAGAUCACAUUCCUCUACGAAGUAGGUGAGGGCGUGGCACACCGCAGCUACGGGCUGAACGUCGCGCGGUUAGCAAACCUGCCAGGGCCAUUGCUGGACCAAGCCCGGCAGAAGAGUAAAGAAUUGGAGGAGAAAAUCCGCCGGCGGAAACUGGCUGGUCUUGUGACGGCCGUCGGAGAGGUCAUGGAAGGCACCAAGGAUGGAAAUAUGAUUGAGCGCCUCAUCAGCAGCGCCGAGCAGCUGUAAUAAGCAUAUUGAUGUGUUGUUAUUGCUUUCUAUCGAGAUGAGCGUAUUGGCGGCGUUGCAUGAUCAAAAGUGUUAGGCUUUAGACGUAGAUUUAUGAAUAUCAAUC